UGCAAAGAAGAGAACCACUGCAAGACCAUAUUGCUUGAAAAACGCUGAAUUUCACGUGGAAACUUCGAAACUCUGAAAACAUAGAGAAGAUGAAGAAAGAGAUUAUGGACAUAUAAACAGUGAAGGGAAGAAGAGGGUCUUUGUCGUUGUCCUUCAUUUCCGUGAAACAUGAUUCAACAAAUAUUUGUCCUCAAGAAGGACUCCAUGGACAUUAAAGCUACUAAGAAUUUUCCAGCAACAUUGAGGUUGGUAGUUUUAGUCAUGGCUGCAACAUGUGGACUAUACAUUUGCUCAGUUAAUUUAGAGAAACCAACAAGGGUUCGUGUAAAUACCAAGUUGUUGGAACAGAAAGUCAUCAACCAUUCAUGUCAUACUUCUAGUGUAGAAGAAUGGGAAGAACCCUACUUGCACUACCCACAACCCAAAACAUACAACAGGGAAGAGUGUGCAUGCAAUCCUGUGAGAUUUUUUUGCAUAUUGACAAUGCAAAGAUCAGGGAGUGGAUGGUUUGAGACUUUGUUGAACAGUCAUAUGAAUGUGAGUUCCAAUGGGGAGAUAUUUGUUGUGGCCAAAAGAAGGGAAAAUGUAACUUCAAUUUUGAAGACAAUGGAUGAAGUGUUCAAUCUUGAUUGGUUCAGUGGUGCUUCCAAGAAUGAGUGUUCUGCGGCUGUGGGCUUCAAGUGGAUGCUUAAUCAGGGUUUAAUGGAUCAUCAUGAGGAGAUAGUGGAGUACUUUGAAAGGAGAGGAGUUUCUACAAUAUUCCUUUUCAGAAGGAAUUUGCUUCGCAGAAUGGUAUCUGUUCUUGCCAAUUCCUAUGACAAAAUUGCAAAGCCACUGAAUGGAACCCAUAAGUCUCAUGUACACUCCAAAGAAGAGGCUGGAAUUCUGGCGAAAUACAGGCCAUGGAUCAAUUCCACGUUGCUGAUGACAGAGAUAAAGCAAACAGAGGAGACAGUUGCAAAAGCUCUUCAAUACUUUAAGAACACUCACCACAUUGUUCUCCACUAUGAGGAUCUUGUUAAAAAUGCAACGAAGGUGAAAGAUGUUCAAGAAUUUCUGGGAUUGCCGUUGAGAGAUAUGCACAGCAGGCAGGUGAAGAUUCAUACUGGUCCAUUAUGGAAGCAAAUUGGAAACUGGGAAGAAGUGCGGAAAACGCUGAGAGGCACACCAUAUCAGAAUUUUCUCUUCCCAGACUAAUCAAAUAUAUGAUAGCUGAUUUUGACACUAAAAUACAAAAUUCUUUGACUGGCAAUUGGAUUACUUUUCGUUCACCAGAGCCACCACUUGGAAACUUUAACCACAGUGCGGAGGAAGAUUCAAAUUAGCUUCU